AGCGCCAUGAUUUUUCUUGGCUGUGGUAGCUUGGCGAUGACUAAAGAGGAUAAAUAAUGGCGGAAGGUUUGAUCGCAGAUUGUCGUUUGUUAUUGUCGCGGUUUGAGAGCCUAAACACUGUAAGAUUUGAAAAAUUUUGUGAAGUAUGGAGAGAGAUGAACUUCUCUUUAAUACACUGGUAAGAAUUUUCUCCAAGAUGAUAGUAUUUGAUCUGACAAUAGAAGCUGGUUCUCUUUUCUGCAAGCUGUCUUCAAUAUAAAUUAUUAGAAUUAGGCCGUCCAGUUAUGAGCUCAAUCGAUGUCUGUUUUCGUUUUUUCCAGCGGUGGAAGAGAUGGCGACCGAAGAAUACAGGUGUAAUACAUUGUCAUACAAAGUGAUUCUUAUGAUACGAAAUUUCAGCGCAAAACUAUGCAAAUCAAUUGCAACCUGGUUUAUCAUUUUUUUGUUUAAUUCUGUUACAGCUUGUAGACUACUUGUUUCGUAUCAUCAGCACUUACCUUGAAUCAACUCCAAGUAGCUUUCAGUGUCGUAUUGGAGCUCUUUAUGCUCUGUAUGCCAUCUAUCAUACACAGCUUUGCCAACCAAAAGUGAAGGUAAUCUACUGCAGUUUUCGUUUUCUGUGUUGUGUUUUUGUAAGGAGAUCAUCCAGUCUGCAGGUUCUCUUGAUAGAUUAAUUGUAAUAUUUUUUUGUUACAGAUUCGAAUGACAUUAUCGAUGAUGAGGGACCUCAAGGAACUUCAUAAACAAAUCAUUGAGCAAAAGGUGAUACAGAAUUGCUGUAUUGCUGAUACCAACUCUGAUUAUUCAAGAUAAUGACGUUAUUGGUACCCUAUCGACCCCAGUGGACUCCAGUUAAGAGGUCCAGGAUUCAGACCUGGCCGGGUUGACAUGUUUUGUUCUUGGGCAAACACUUUCCUCUCACAUUGCCUCUCCACCCAAGAGUAUAAAUGAAUACCAACAAAUUGUAAGGGAAGCCUGAUGACAUUCAGGGAAGGGGGUAACCUUGUAAUGGACUAGCAUCCCUUUCAGGGGGGGAGUAGUGAUACUCUUAGUCACUUCAUGCUCUAGCAAAAUCAGGAUAAACUUUGGCUGGGUGGGCCAAUAGUCUUGAGUAUAGACUUUUCCCUUUUUUUUUUUACUUUUUUUGUACCCCUCUGAGUGCACAAUAUGAAUAAUCAGCAUAACCUUAACUAAAAAAUGAAUGAAUAGUGAUAUUACAAAGUAUUUAGUAAAUUUGCUUUCCCAGUUUAACCCUGGACUAGUGCUCCUCUCCUAAACAAUACUGCACUUUGAUGAUUUAUGCAUACAUUUCUUUAGGACGUCUCUUAAGGAAGUUAUACACAAUGUGUUCAACAAUGUAGUCUUCAUGUGAUAUUACCAAUGUUAUUAUACUCAUUAUUUUAAUAUUAGCAUCAAUCAUUUUUUUAUUAUUAUUGUUUUUUUCUAGCAUCAUGAUGCUGAUUAUAUCUUGAGACUUCUGAACAAUGGAAAGGCUUUCUUAUUUGUUGCUAUGCCAAUUCCGGUAAAAAAAAUUGAAUUUCAUGCUUAUUUAAACAAAGUAAGUGAAGGCUGCUGGGAAUUAACCCCUAAAUGGCUUUUGAUCCGCCAUCAUCUUCUCCCUAUGUUUCACACAGGACAAUAAUUCGAAAAGAGAUUUUAACAGUCCAUUAGAAGUGACCAAGUGCUUUCUCUUUGCACCUGGGCAGCUGUUACAUCAGAGAUAUUACCUGUGGCAGUGUAAUACUUGCCCAGGUGUCAUAGGACAGCAAUUGACCUCUUCACUUAGUACAUCAAGUGAGCUCGGCUGUAUAACAUGUUAUAGCUGUUAGUGACAGCCCGGGUACCUAGUGGCAGAAGUAGGAGAGAUGAGGUCAAUCCUGUGUUCUGAUUUGCUGUUCUUGAUCCAGCCUGGGAUUGCCACUUUGAUCCACAGAAAAAGUUAUAACUAUUCUUUCCUGUAGCCACUUUACAAACUUGUAUAACUUCUGGGAUUUUUCCUAUUACCAGGAUUUUACAGUUUUCCCAGAGGUUUUCAUAGUAAAUGAACUGCCAAAAGCAUCUUAAAGAUGAAGUAGGUGACUAGAGUGAAUGUGAAAAAAUCAAAACUGACGGUAACAUUGACUUUUAGCCAUUUCAUGUAUAUUUUAGCUUUCCUAUGGUUCCAGAGAAACUAUUACUGGCCAAGAUGAAGGUCAAAGUUCUACUUUGAUUGAUGAGGUGAAUGAAACUGUGGAAGAAAGGUUUCGAGCAAUGGAGGUAAACAUUAAAAUUGAUUUUAACAAGAUAUUUCAAACUUACCAUCUCUCUCAUUUCUAUCUACAAACAUUACGCUAUCAACAUUGCUGAUCCUAGCAGUAUGCAGGAUGCAUGUCAUAUAUGAACUUUGUAAUAGACCUCACUCACCAUGGAGUCUCUGUGGCUCAGUGGUAGAGCAUCGGAGCGCGGAAUCUGAUGAUCCAAGGUUCGAUUCCUCAUGAGGACAGAAAAAAAACAUCUUUCUUUAUGAUAUGUCAAUCUUUGUAAAGCUGUUGAUUGAUCUUUACAACUUGUCCUGCUUUCCAGAGAUUAAGACAAAUUUUCUUUGUUUGCUUACAAGUGCUUUGUUUGUCACAGUAUUUACAAGAAGCUCACAACAACUACAAAGAAUUAAAGAACAAGUUACAAGAAACAAGGCUCAUUAGUGGAGAUAGGUCAUUUAAUGCAAUAUCUGAAGAAAUGGUGACAGAUGUUGCCAGGUUGGUUAAACUUUAACUAAUCAAUAAAGACAGUGUUUUGAUGUACUGAGUUAUCUGAUGCCAAGUAUACUGACAGAAGUAACUUUGAAAACUUUUCAACAAAAGUCCUUUGUAAACUGCAUGCAAAAACAGUGUGAUAUCACUGAAUUAAACUGGAGGAGAGUAUGUUAAUCUUAACUUAUGUCAUACAGUGUAUUAAGGAAAAGUUCUUUAGUUAUUAAUAACCUUUUUCCUUCUCCUACAGUUUGUAGCCUGAAGUUGUUUUGCAGUUCUCUUUAGAUAAGCUAAAGUUUAUUGUGAAUUAAUGAGAAUUUUUUCUCUCCCAAGUGAAUUGCAAAAAUUUGAUGAGUGGAAGCGAAUGAAAUGUCAGAAGGUAUGGAUUUGAAAGUGUGUUAUGUGUCAUAUUCUACAAGUUACAUUUUCCUAGAACAUUAAUUUGGAGAACAUAACAGAAUGUAAAUUGGGGGCAAGAGUUAUAAUUUAUAUAAGGCCAUUUCAAAAUAAUUUUAAAAGAUUGCAGUUCAGAAGUUCAUCUUAGACUUGUUAGAGCAAAGUGGAAGAUUGGUAAGAUUUUCUCAGAAGUCUGUUUCCAUGGGUUCAAGGUGUAGUCUUUUGAUGUCAGGGGUAACACUUCCUCCUAGGCCUUGUUGCCCCCCAAGCUGCCUCACCUUGCCUUCAAGUAUUAGACAUGUUGUGUCCCCCCCCCCUCAGUAUAACAACACAUUGUCAAAAAAAGCUUGCAUUACCUAAAUUUUCAAAAUCAACCUUGACUAUAGUAAUUAUAACUAUAUUGUAAACUUAAAUGUGAGUGACUAACAAUUGAAUCAAGUUUUGAUAAAAAUUUAUCUUUCAUCUGGUCAUUUGUUUCUUUAAAAAAGCAUGUAUUGGAGAAGAAAACUGGGACAUCAUUAUCAGAUGCAAAUAGUGUUCAAUCAGGAAAAACCCAACCAACAACAACAACGACAAAUGAGGAGGCCUGUCCUGGGACCUCAGCUGUCAGUCAGGUAAACAAACAAGCUCAUAAAUUUAUUAUUUAUGCUCAAACAUUUUUACUGAUUAGAACUGUUAAAUUGUGAAAAGAGAGGAGAAUAAAAACCAGAUACAAAGAGGGGUCAUGUAUUUUUAAAACCCUUUAACUCCCAAGAUCUGACUGUUAAUUCUCUCCUGGUGCUGCUGCACAAUUCCUUGUAAAUUAAUAAUGAGAACUUGGUGUAAGAUCAAGGGAAAAUCUUCUUCCUGAUAAGUUUUAGAAUUCUCAUGAACCAUUUGCUAGAAAACAUGUGGAUAUCAUAAGGAGAAGUUACAUGUUAAUCACUUCUGGGAGUCAAAGGAUAACUAGCUCAGAUUGAAGACAAACUUGAAGAACCCGAUAUUGACAGAAUAUACUUUCAGAACCAGGAUAGAGGAUGAGGCAGAAAUUGGAAUUUUGAACAAAGCCAGACAAAUUUUUUUAUGAUUUUGAUAAUUAUUAAAAUAAUUAAUAACAGUUAAAGUUCAGGUGGUGUAAUUGUUUUUUAGAGCUGUUAUGUUGACUAAACGUCACCUCAUCACCUGUCUUGGCAUGUGUGUUCUUUUAAUACUUGAUAUUACUAAAAUAUUAAGGAUUUCUCUCCGCAGAAAAAUAUAUCAAAGAGCUCAAGGAUAAAAGACAUAAAGAAGAGAUCAUUUUCCACAGCAUCCAAGGUCAGUAUACAAUACCAUUGAUUAUAUUCAAAUUUAUUCAAGUUAUAUUUUUUCUGUAAAAAAUGUCACUUUUGUUGGACUUAUGAAAGGUAACCAGAGUUGAAAUAAACUUUUCCAGUGGCACAUCCACAGAGCAAGUGGGUAAAAAGGUUUAAUUAUUAACUGAACUCACAAAAAAAUAACUCUUUUUUAAGGUUACAAGAAGUAUGAGACACCUUCAGCCAACAGUUGAAUCAACGCAUGAAGGAAGCAAGCCAAAGAGAAAGCGUACCAAAAAAUAGCUAAAAUUUCCUAAAAAUAUAGAAUUAUUGUAAGUCUUUUAUUUAAGAGAAAAAGACAAUGUACAAUAAAUACAGGUAGUAAACUUUAUUUUAAGUUUUCUCUUUCUGAGGU